GAGUCGAUGGCAACCGUUUCCCGCGUAUAAAAGUCGCCGUCUAUUCCUCAAGUUUCUUCACACUGCUCCCUCAACUCCUUCAGAGCUCAAGCUGCAAAACCAAAUCCUUUUGAAGAUGUCUAAAAUGUUGAUGUUGAUGCUGUUGGUGGCCGUUGCUGUGGCCUUGCCUUACCCUCAAGAUGCCGCCGCUCCCGCCGAUGUUGCUCCCGUCGAUCCUGCUGCCGCCGCACCUGUUCCCGGUGCGGAUGGUGAAAAAGUUGACGAGCGAUUCUUCUUGCGUCCCCAUGGCCACCAUCACCAUCAUCAUGGCCAUAGCGGCGGAUAUGGUGGAUAUGGUGGAUACGGUGGAUACGGCAACAACUACAACAAUUAUGGAGGAUAUGGUGGAUAUGGCGGUUACGGUGGACUCGGAUGGAGAGAGGGACAGAAACCAGGUGAUGCCGCCGCUCCAGUCGAUCCUACCGCCGCUCCAGUUGAUCCUGCCGCCGCUGCUGCCGGACCAGUGACUUUUGAAUAAGAACAUCCCCAAAUGGAAAUGACCUGAUAUGUUUUGAUUCCAAUCCACUCUCACGAUUCAUGUCUUCCAAUUUGCGCCACACUCGUUUUUUUAAAUCAUCCUGUUCUUGAUCCUGUUGUUGUUGUUGUCCAUAUAGUUAAACUGCUGCGAAUGAUUUGUUAAAAUUGACAUCUAAUGAUCAGUGUGGGUGGUAACUACAAAAAUAAAUCAAUUUGAACCAUC